ACCCGAGCUGAAAUUGUCAGCGGCGGCGGGCGCUGGAAAGUUGAGAGGAGCUCGUGGCCCCAGAACAAAGCUUGAGAAAAACCAUGGUGAAUCCGGGCAGCAGCUCACAGCCGCCCCCGGUGACGGCCGGCUCCCUCCCCUGGAAGCGGUGUGCAGGCUGCGGAGGCAAGAUUGCGGACCGCUUUCUGCUCUAUGCCAUGGACAGCUACUGGCACAGCCGGUGCCUCAAGUGUUCCUGCUGCCAGGCGCAGCUGGGCGACAUCGGCACGUCCUGUUACACCAAGAGCGGCAUGAUCCUUUGCAGAAAUGACUACAUUAGGUUAUUUGGGAAUAGCGGUGCUUGCAGCGCUUGUGGACAGUCUAUUCCUGCGAGCGAACUCGUCAUGAGGGCCCAAGGCAAUGUGUAUCAUCUGAAGUGUUUUACAUGCUCUACCUGCCGGAAUCGCCUGGUCCCAGGAGAUCGGUUUCACUACAUCAAUGGCAGUUUAUUUUGUGAACAUGAUAGACCUACAGCUCUCAUCAAUGGCCAUUUGAAUUCACUUCAGAGCAAUCCACUACUGCCAGACCAGAAGGUCUGCUAAAAGGUCAGAGUAAUGCAGACUGCGUGCCUUCAUCUCAGAUCUUGUUCAUCACAGGUGGAUCCCAUGUGUCUUCAGUAGACAAGUCACCUUUGUAGCUAGCACCAGUACCAGCUCCAUGCCAUUGCACCUUCUUUAGUCUUGAUCGCCCUUCUUGCAUUUAUUGGUGUAUUAAAAUGACUGAAUAUGAACAUUAAGGACUCCAUGAACCUGGGCUAAUGGGAGACUGUAGAGAAAAUGAAAAAAGAUCCACCGGAGGACAUCUUUGGGGGGGAGGGAGCUUGGGAGGAGGGAAAUGACUAAUGAAGCUAAUUAAAAGAAGCAUUCAAAUCUGCUUUCUACCCUCAUUAACAAUUAGCAGGGCACUGGCCAGAGUUUGUACCCUGUGUUUUUACCUUAACAACAUUCUAUUUGCUCUUUGUAUAUUUAAGUGUUGUAAGGAAGUGUGUUUCAAUCAAAACUGAACAUGAGAUAAAGGAAAGAGAUGUGGCUUUUGUGAUAUUCUAUCACAAACACUUUUAUUGUAUCUCUGUAAAAUACAAUGUAUGUAUGCAUGUAAGUGUUUUCGUCCUAAUGUUGCUACUCCCAUGGCAAAGAAAAAAAAAGAAUGAAAAAAAGAAAAAAAUUGGAAAAAAAAGUCAGGCUCAUAGAAGCUACUGUGUAGAAAUUUCCCCCUACUUCUAAUUUGCUGAAUGAAGAAAAAAAUCUUUUAUUUGUGAUAUUUUCAGAGACAUUUGCUCUAGUAUGGUGUAUUUAAAUAA